AUGAAAUUGGGUUUAGUUUUUGCCAUUUUAUUGGCAUUUAGUAAUUGUGCUUCAUUCUUGGAAGAACAACAGCUAAUGGAAAAUAAAAUUUAUAAGAUAAAGCUUGAUAGGACAGAAUCCUAAGCAAAAAAGUCAUUGUUUGAUUUCAUCACUACCAGCCAAUAAUACAGGAAUUCAGCUGAUCUAUUAGAUGGGUCUGAUAUAGCUAUGACAUAAACAAAAUAAAAAGAAUCUAUAAAGUUAUAUAAUUUUAAGAAUACCUAAUACACAGGAGAAAUAGGAUUAGGUGCUUAAGAUAAUAAAUUUAAGGUAAUCUUCGAUACAGGUUCGGCAAACAUUUGGUUGAAUUCUGCUAGAUGUAAUGAUUAUGGGUGUAAAAAUCAUAAACAAUAUGAUGGUUCAAAAAGUUCAACAUAUGAGCAUUUGGGAUAUGAUUUAGACGUUCAGUUUGGUACUGGUGAAUUAAUGGGUGAAAUUAAUGCAGAUACUGCCUUUGUUGGUGGAGUGAAAAUAGCAAAAUAAGAAUUUGCUGAGAUUGUAAAAGAAAAUGGAGAUGUAUUCGCUUAAUCUGAUUUUGACGGUAUUGUUGGAUUAGCAUAUCCUUCAAUGGCUGCCUACAACUUUAACCCAUUUUUUGAUAAUGUCAUGUCAUAAAAAUUGUUGGACAGAAAUGUGUUUUCAUUCUAUUUUUCAAGAUAAGAAGGCUCAAGAUCAUCAGAGUUAACAUUGGGAGGAUGGGAUACUGAUCAUUACUAAGGAGAAUUACAUUUCCAUAAUGUUGUUAAUAAAUAUUAUUGGUUAUUGGAUGCUGAUAAUAUUUUAGUUAAUGGACAAGAUAUAGGACUGUGUAAAAAAGGCUGCAAAGUAGUCGCUGAUACAGGUACUUCACUAUUAACAGGACCAUCAGAUGAUUUAUAUGAUUUGUUAGAUACUUUGAAUAUUGAUGAAAAUUGCAAAAACGCUAAAGAAUUGCCAAAAUUGACAUUUGUAUUGGAUGGAAUCAACUAUGAUUUGGAAGCUAAUGAUUACGUGAUGAAAAUUGAUUCUUAAGGAAAUGAAAUCGCUUAUGAUACUUUUGCAAGUAUUGAUAGUUUCGUGGAAAUGGGUGGUAAUUGUCAAUGUGUAGGAUCAUUCAUGCCUCUAGACAUCCCAGAUCCUUAAGGGCCAGCUUGGAUUUUGGGAGAUACAUUUCUAAGCAAAUAUUAUUCAGUCUAUGAUAGAGAUAAUGAUAGAGUUGGCUUUGCAAAGGCUAAAUGAUAUAUAUAUUGUUAUCAAAAAUAUUAGCAUUCUAUUUCAUGA